AUGGCGGAGCCACCACCGUCUUACCAUCACUUCGUGGGUCCUUCAAAACCUCGAUCAUCGUCGAGCAAACGACACUCUUUCUCCUCUUCUUCUUCUGGUACUCAUUGCCACCGUCUCUUCCCUUGCCAGUACUGUCCCCGCAAGUUCUACACCUCUCAAGCUCUCGGCGGUCACCAAAACGCUCACAAACGCGAACGCGCGGCUGCUCGUCGUAACCUCGGCGUCCUUUCUCACUCUCCUCCCAUCCUCGACGAUAACUCCACCACCUUUCUUCGUCAUCAUCCUUACCCUUGUUUUUACCCUAACCCGAUGCACCACCAAGGACCUUCUUCUCCUUCUGGACUAAUCGGACCCGGUCAUGAACAGACGGCGAUGAUGAUGACGACCAUGGGUGGCGGUGGUGGUGGUGGCUACGAUCCGUUUCCGUAUCCUUACGUGUACCCUUUUGGUUUGUCUGGUAGUAACGACGGUAACGGCGUCAUGGACGAAGACGAACCUCUCAAUCUCGACCUCUCUCUCCGUUUAUGA